CGUGGAGAGGUGACAUUCCUCCGAAUGACGUCCUGACGUUCCCCCUACGUCUGACGUCACUGACGUCGAACGGGGCUGUUUGUUCUGGAUUCAGGGGUGAGGAAGACCUGCGCGCGCUGACAACCGACAGAAAAAGGUCACUACUCCACCCCUCUCGUCAACCAACCAACCAAAGGAAGACUGUCCCCUCUCUCCUGCCCCCCUCCAGGUCACUACUCUACCUCUCCAUUCUGAGAGAUGACACUCCCUCUGGACUAGACCAAGCCUGCACCACAACAGACAAACAUAGAAUCCAGUGGGCUGUGAUGAUGACGAUGAUGACGUUACUCUUCCUCCUCCCUUCAGACAGUCCAGCGUUUUGUGUGAUGGCCUGAGAGGGCUUCCCAGUCUAGCCUGCCUGCCUCUCCCGGCUCCAAACUGUCUGACUGGGACUCCCCCCCUCCCCGCCUGCUACGCCCUGCCUCCGUCGCCAUGGGAGACGGCCUGGAGGCGGGCAGCAGCCUAGACCCCGCCCCCCGCUCCCUCUCCUGUAACCCCCGCCCCCGAGACAUGGAACCCCUCGAGGCCGAAACGACAGACCAACCAGCUACAGUACCUGUUGAAGGUGCUGCUGAAGACGCUGUGGAAACAUCACUUCUCAUGGCCCUUCCAGGCUCCCGUAGAUGCCAUCAAACUCGGCCUGCCUGAUUACUAUCAGAUCAUCAAGGUUCCUAUGGACAUGGGGACCAUCAAGAAGAGACUGGAGAACAGCUACUAUUGGAACGCCCAGGAAUGUAUACAGGACUUCAACACCAUGUUCACCAACUGUUACAUCUACAACAAGCCUGGUGAUGACAUAGUGUUGAUGGCAGAGUCUCUAGAGAAGAUGUUUCUUCAGAAGAUCUCUGAGAUGCCCCAAGAGGAGACUGAGAUCGCCAUGGUUACCAAGGGGCGGAGGGCGGGGCAGAGAGAAGCAGGUCUCCUGUCUAAGUCUGACUCCGGCCAGGAUUCAUCUCUCCUCCUCCCCCCCACACCCGAGGUUUCUCCUCCCCGUCACCGGGCCCUCAGACUCGGGGUCUCCCCAUAUCCCAGGGGCCCCCACCCUCCCCCUCGCCCUCCCCCUCAGACCCAGCCCCCUCGCGUUCUCCCACGCCCCCAGCUGGGACCACCCUUCCCCAUCAGCCCUCUGGAUGUCCUGGCCCAGGGCCUCACCUCCGUACCCCAACAACCCCCAGCCCACCCUGCUGCCCCACCCAUCCCCCAGAGCAUCGCACCCCCAGCUAAGCAGAGGAAGAGCCAGAAGAGGAAGGCUGACACCACCACACCCACCGCCAACGACCAGCUCAGCGAGUCGUCUCCUGUGGCGACGGAGCCCCCCCGACCCCGCCGUGAGAGCAGCAGCCGCCCGCUGAAGCAGCCCAAACGAGACCCCGCCCAGCCCGACUCCCAGCACCACCUGGGGCUAGGCGGGGGGGUUCCCGGGGGCGGAGCGUUAACAAGUCACGGCGGGAGCCCCAAACGACAGGAGCAGCUGCUGUUCUGUGGCGAUCUUAUCAGAGACAUGUUGUCUAAGAAACACAUUGCGUACGCGUGGCCCUUCUACAAGCCUGUCGACGCGCACGCCCUCGGCCUCCACGACUACCACCACAUCAUCAAACACCCUAUGGACCUCGGAACCGUCAAGGAUAAGCUGGACAGCAGGCAGUACAGAGAUGCUCAGCACUUUGCUGCUGAUGUCCGGUUGAUGUUCUCCAACUGUUACAAAUACAACCCCCCAGACCAUGACGUGGUCAAUAUGGCACGCAAACUACAGGACGUGUUUGAGAUGCGCUUUGCCAAAAUGCCAGACGAGCUUGAGGAGACGGCCCCCUUCCCCUCCCCCGCCCCAGCCCUCAAACCCCUCCCCACCAUCUCUGCCCUCCAACCCCUCCCCGUCCCCACCCUCCACCACCUCCCCACCCCCUCGGCCAGACAGCCCCCUGCCCCCCGACCCCCCUCCUCCUCCGAUGACAGCUCCUCCUCGUCGGAAUCAGAAUCCUCUGAGGGAGGUUUGGAACACGAGAGAACACAGAGACUGGCUGAACUACAGGAACAGCUCAAAGCUGUUCACGAACAGCUGGCCGCUCUGUCCACGCCCCAGGCCACCAAGCCCAAGAGAAAAGAGCGGGAGAAGGAGAAGAAUAAAGACAAGUUCAAGAAGAAGAUAGGAGGAGAGGAGCCACCGGAGAUCCCGCCCCCUGCCAUCCUCCAGCCAAUCAGAAAGAGCAAAAACAGCAAGGAGCUGGUGACCACGCCCAAGAAGAUCAAGAAGCCCAGUAAGAAAGAAGGUAUGAAGAGCAGCCGUCUGGGCGCCCCACAUCAGACCGGCUCCACCCCCCUUGCCCCCUCAGCCUCGCUGGAGGCAGAAGAUCACAUGAGUGUGUUUGUGGGCGGGGCAGCUGACAGGUGUAAGCCAAUGUCCUACGAGGAGAAACGCCAGCUCAGUCUGGACAUCAAUAAACUGCCCGGCGACAAGCUGGGCCGCGUCGUCCACAUCAUCCAAUCACGAGAGCCAUCGCUCAAGAACACCAACCCAGACGAGAUAGAGAUCGACUUUGAGACGCUGAAACCCUCGACACUCCGAGAGCUGGAGACAUAUGUCUGGACCAGCCUUAGAAAGAAGAAGAAAUGCCAGCCAGUAGAGAAGGCUCUGGAGGUGACCAGUGUGAUGAAGAUGAAGACAGGAUCUUCAUCAGGCAGCAGUGACUCCUCUGACAGCGACGACACAGGGCUGGCCCCCCAGCAGCAAAAGUCCUCCUCUAGCAAUAUAUACUGUAAGAGACCCCACCAGUCCAGCAGGGGCGGGGUCAGCAUCACUGCCCCUCUGGACUCCUCCUCCUCCCCCAGACCCCCUAGUUCCAGUCCAAACCCCCCAGCAGCAGCAUCAACACCCCUUCGCCCCCUCCUCCUCCCUCCAUCCCCACUGUCCCCCCAGCAGGUGGGGGAGCCCCCCUGUAAUGAACUGGGGGCCCCUGCCGCCGGACCCCCCCACCUCAACGCUACCAACACACACACCUCUGAGAGCACACAGCCCUUCCUCAACCAGCAGGCCGUCAUGCCCUCCGUCAUGCCCUCCGUCAUGCCCUCCGUCAUGCCCUCCGUCAUGCCCUCCGUCAUGCCCUCCGUCAUGCUCUCCCCAGCACUCCACAACGCUCCCCCAGCAGCCUCCUCCCAUCCCUCUCUCCCUCGCCCUUGUGUCCCCUCUCCCCUCACCCCCCACGGACUCCUGGGGGUCUCGGCCCAACCCCCUCAAGCCCUAUUUGAGGACGACGAGGAGGCCGUGCCCACUAACUCUGAAACCCCUCCCCUCCCGCUCAGCCAGGUGCACAUGUACCUGCAGUCGUCUCGGCCCCCGGCACACAUACACCCCCACACACAGUCUCCUGUGCGGGUCCAGUCCCGGGCCCCGGCCCACACACAGUCUCCUGGGGGGGUCCAGUCCCGGGCCCCGGCCCACAUACAGUCUCCUGGGCGGGGCCAGUCUCAGCUCAUGUCCCGGGCCCCGGCCCACAUACAGUCUCCUGGGCGGGGCCAGUCCCGGGCCCCAGCCCACAUACAGUCUCCUGGGCGGGUCCAGUCCCGGGCCCCGGCCCACAUACAGUCUCCUGGGCGGGGCCAGUCUCAGCUCCUGUCCCGGGCCCCGGCCCACAUACAGUCUCCUGGGGUGGUCCAGUCUCGGCCCUCGGCCCACACACAGUCUCCUGGGCGGGUCCAGUCCCGGGCCCCGGCCCACAUACAGUCUCCUGGGCGGGUCCCGUCCCGGCCUCCGGCCCACACACAGUCUCCUGGGCGGGUCCAUUCUCAGCUCAUGCAGGCCAUGCAGACUCAGUCACAGGCAGCGGCCGCUCCAACCCAGCAACAGCAGAGGCUCGCAACACAUUCUCACUCACACCCUCACACACACCCUCACUCACACCCUCACUCACACGCUCACGCACACAUGCAGCAGGCGGGACAGGGGAUGUCGUUCCCCCAGCAACAGAGCACCAUGCACCCGGCACAGAAAGGGAUCAAGCAGAUACUACAUCCACAACCAUCACCACGGAUCAAAACUGAGCCUUUCAACACAGGUCCUCUGAGGGAGAGCCCCUCCCCUCUGAUGAUACAUUCUCCCCAGAUGCCUCAGUUCCCACCAAUGAGACAGUCCCCUUCCCAGCCCAAGAAACCUAACCAAAGGGUGAAAGAGGAGAAGCCGCUCCCCUCCCCGGUGCUGCCCCCCUCCCCUUUCAGCCCCACCCAGCGACACCACAAACCACAAGACAACAAACACACACACAGAUCAGAUGUGAAGCUAUUGGACAGUUCUCGUCCUGGGCUCCGCCUCCCGGACUCCCCGGCCCCUCCCCCUUCCCAUCAGGACAGCAAACUGAAGCAGGAGGCUAAAACACCCAUCACCGCCAAGAAGACACAGGAUGUGAAGUUAAAGAACAUGGGUUCUUGGGCCAGCUUGGCCCAUCGUUCUCAGUCCACCCCCACCUCCGCUGUCCGCUCCUCUAGCGACAGCUUCGAACAGUUCCGUCGCGCCGCCAGGGAGAAGGAGAGAGAGAAACAGCUAAAAGCACAGGCUGACCAGGCCAGGAGAGAGCAGGAGAAACUACGUAGCCGUGACGACGAGGACUCUGUGGAACAGCAGGGGAGGGUGCGUGUCCAGGACUCUCGCCGUCGCCAGGAGAAACUUUCGCCUCAAGCCCCCACGCCCCCUGCCUCAACCCCUCCCGCCGUCUCCCCACAGGCCCCUCCCACUGAACAGGCCACACCCCCACCCUCGGCCGCAGCACAGAACGCCAUGGACCAGCAGAGGGAGCUGGCAAGACGCCGGGAGCAGGAGAGGAGGAGGAGAGAGGCGAUGGCGGACACCAUUGACAUCAACUUCCAGAGCGACCUGAUGGCCAUCUUUGAAGAGAACCUGUUCUGAGAGAGAGAAUGAGAAAGGAGGAGAGGGAGACAAAUGAACUCUACCUUAUCCCACCAGGGAUUUCACACACACACACCCCCCCUCUCUCUUUGAUUAGAGACCUCAGACCAGGAUGUGAGCUCCAGAGACUUGACGGAGACUGAGGUGGGGUACAGUAAUAAGGUGGAGCCCCCCAGCGGUGGGGACCGGGAGUACAACUUCCACUUUUUUGCAAUUUCAGAUGCGUUUUUUGUGUCUAACUGCCCGUUUAUCGUUGAUGAUUGGUUGUUGCCGUGGGCAACGGUGAAACCGGAUACCUAUCGAUAAACAGAUAUUUGAACUCCUCUUGUAUUCUGAAAGGAAACCGAAGGAUGAGGGGAGGACUGAGAACUAUUACCUGAAAAUAAAGAAGAGGGGAAAAAAGAGGGUUUAGUGUAGAAAGAAGAAGAUGAUCACCUUGUGUUCUUCUGAGAGAGAGAGAGAGAGGGAGGGGCGGGUGAACGAGAGGACGGACAGACUUCUUUCUCUCUGAUUCAUUUCUCUCUUAAUCUAGUAUUUUUCUCACCCUGUUUUCUGAUGUUGGGUUUUAAGCGGGGUGGGUGAGGAGUUGGGGAGGGAGAAGUGAGCGGGCUGUGUGCGUUAUCAUGUUUGCGUCCCAAAAGGGCACCCUAUUCCCUUCAUAUAGUGCACUACUUGUGUCCAGGACCCAUGGGGAUCUGAUCAAAGGUGGUGCACUAUAUAGGGAGUAGAGUGCCAUUUGGGACGUAUCCCCUGAGAUGGGUUCAGUUUCUCUCCGGACAGCGGGAUGAACACCGGGGUCACACCCCAACACUAUAAAGAGGCACCCUUCCUUCCUUCCUUCUCACUCUCCUUGUUCUUUGUGACAUCACUGACUUGACACAAGUUGAAAGUGUAAAAGCUUGAACUCCAUUUUUUCAGUCAUGUCUGAUUCAUUGAUUAUUUCAAGAAAGGAGGGAGAGAGGGAAGAAAGGAGGGAGAGAGGGAAGAAAGGAGGGAGAGAGGGAAGAAAGGAGGGAGAGAGGGAAGAAAGGAGGGAAAGCAGGAAGGAUGAGUGAAGAAAGGACGGAAGGGAGGGAGGGGUACAUUUUAAAUGUGUUGGAAUGUGGCUCUUGCCUUACAGCUCUGACCUGUAAAUGAACACACGCCACAGAUUAUACAUAUAUAUAUAUAUAUAUAAAUAGAUGCAUAAAUAUAUAUUAUAUACGAUGAGAAGUCCCUAAAAAUAAUUGGAUGUUGUUGGGAGGGAGAAUGACUUAUCUGCCUUGUGCUCAAUUCCCUUUUGUUUUUUUUUAGAGAAGUGACUGUAAGAAAAACAACUUUUUUAUGAUGCUAUAAAAAAUAGUUUGUCUUGUUCAUAACCUCCUUUCUCUCAUCCUGUUUUUCUCUGUAUCAAGUUCAGAUAUUCAAGAGUUUUAAAGGCCUCUGUUUUUAUUUAAAUAUCAAAUCAUUUCUGGGUAACAAUUAGGUACGUUACUGUGAUUUGUUUUCAGUUGAAAUGGCCCAAAAUAAACCAAAAAUAGAUUCUUAGCAAAGAGCAAUUUCUCAAGCAAGAAUUUUGCUAGGACUGUCUGGGAGUGGUCUGAGUGGGGAGGGGAAACUGAAAAGUAGCUGUUAUUGGCAGAGAGAUUUGGAACUCUUUCUUAUUGGUCGAUCAACUAAUUUAACGCAUGGUGAUGUCACCAGGCAGGCCAAAACUCCACCCCACCAAAACAGGCUGAUUUUCUUUUCAAACAGCUCCUACACUAAAAGGGUAUUAUCAUCAUUUUCACAAUUUAACAGUAUUCUUCCAGCCUUACAGUGUGGAAAUAGAUAUAUAAACACAGGAAUAUCACUCUUUUGACGGCACUGGCCUGUAACUACUUAACUUUGUUCUACUGUUCUGUAGCUACAUCCACCUGCUACUGCUACUUCCUUUCUUUUCUUCUUUAGCUUCUUACUCAUGUUAUUUUUUAUAUUCAUGUCCAUCUGUUAAUCUCUCUCUCCUGUCAUCAUCAUCUUCCUCUACCAUCCGUAUCGUAGCUUUUUAUUUACUUUUUAUUCCCUUCCUGUGUUUUUUGGUUACAUUUUCCCUGCUCUGUUUUUAGUUUCCGUGGUAACGGUCGGGGUUGUUGUCAUGUGCCAUAGCUCUAAGUGUUCUGGGUGCGUGGCCUGCGGUGUUGUCAUGUCCAGAUAUACAUCAAACCCCUGUAUUCUUUUUGGGAUGUUUUUUUAAAUUUAAUUUAGCCUUUUCAUAUUUGACGGUUGUUUUGUUUUUGUUUUGUUGUCAUUGUUUUUGUUUUUGUUUUGAAUCACCGGUUGGUUUGUUGAUGAGUGAGGUGUUAAGGUCGAUGGAUACAUUCUGUUCUGAUUGUGGAGUAAAACAUCUUCUUUUUAAAGAAAAGUAUUAAAAUCCUAUAAAAAAUGC